UGGAGAGAGGUAGUCAGGCCGGUUCAACCGAUAGACCCUAUUCUCACGCAAAGCUUCUUCUCAGACUUUGCCCACGACACUUUGCACUUCCAUCAACAACAAAUGACUUCUCUUUUCCUGUCUUCCUUCCAAACAAAUUAAACAGAAACAAUAACAACCACUUUUCUUUUCCCCUUCGCUUACAUUUCCUCACGUUUUCUUGGCCUUUUCUUUCUGGGUUUGUGAGCCUGGUUUAAACUUCAUUUGGGUUUCCAUUGCUUUUGAGAGAUGGUUUCUUUUUCUGGACAAUGCAGAGAAAUAUAAAUUCAGUAAUGGGGUUCUUUUGGUCUUCUGGGUAUUGAAUGUUUUGCACAUUAUUCAAGUUUGUGCUUUGAAGUUAUAAUAUCAAGAUAGUUUUUGUUUUUUUUAAUUGUUUCAGCUCUUUGGCUUAUGGCGGAUAAUGAAUGAUUUCAUAUUGGGAAUCUUUGUUAAUGUUCUAUCAAUUCUAUGCUUUUCUUAGUUGUUCAUUGUUGAUUUUUUUGGAUUAAUAUGGCUGUAGCUGAGAGGAAUGGUUCUUCCAUUGUGAUUAUUUCUCGAAACUGUUUGUUUAGUUUGUUCCUAAUUUCAACCAUUUUUUUGCUAUUUUCUUGUUUCUCUGUGUUGCGUUCCACUGGCUUCCAUCAUUUUGUUGACACUAGUUCAUUAACAAAAUCCAAGCCCCUUACUGUGAUAGACAACAGUAGGAAUAAUUUACAAGAAGAAAAAGAGAUAAUCCAAAAGAAAGAUGAUGCCAAAUGCAGUAAAGAUAACAAAUUGUUGCUUAAGGUUUAUAUGUAUGAUUUGUCCCCGGAGUUUCAUUUUGGACUUUUGAAUUGGAAACCAGAAGGGGAUAGUGUUUGGCCUGAUAUUAAAACCAAUAUACCCUCAUAUCCUGGUGGGUUGAACUUGCAACAUAGUAUAGAAUAUUGGCUAACCUUAGAUCUUCUUGCUUCAGAGGUUUAUGCUAAGCGAGAGGCUUGUAGUGUGAUAAGAGUGCACAACUCGAGUGAAGCUGAUGCUAUUUUUGUGCCAUUCUUUUCUUCAUUGAGCUACAACAGGUUUUCUAAAAGGCAUCCAAAUGAAAAGAAAAGCCAGAACAAGGUGUUGCAAGAGAAGUUGGUGAAGUUUGUGACUAGUCAAGAGGAAUGGAAAAGAAGUGGUGGAAAAGAUCACAUAGUCAUGGCUCACCAUCCUAAUAGCCUGUUAGAUGCUAGGAUGCAGCUUUGGCCUGCAAUGUUCAUUCUUUCAGAUUUUGGGAGGUAUCCUUCCAAUGUAGCAAAUCUCGAAAAAGAUGUGAUUGCCCCUUACAAACAUGUAAUCAAAUCCUAUGCCAAUGAUGCAUCAGAGUUUGAUAGCCGUCCAAUUUUGCUGUAUUUCCAAGGCGCCAUAUACAGAAAAGAUGGUGGCUUUGCGAGGCAAGAGUUAUUUUAUCUUUUAAAAGAUGAAAAAGAUGUGCAUUUCACAUUUGGAAGUGUUCAAAAAAAUGGAAUCAGAGAAGCAUCCAGGGGAAUGCACUCUUCCAAAUUCUGCCUCAACAUAGCUGGUGACACCCCUUCAUCCAAUCGCCUCUUUGAUGCCAUUGCUAGCCAUUGUGUACCUGUAAUCAUUAGUGAUGAAAUCGAGCUCCCUUAUGAGGACAUCCUAGACUACUCUGAGUUCUGUAUAUUCGUUCGCACAUCAGAUGCUGUCAAAGAAAAAUUUCUGAUCAACCUUAUAAGGAGCAUAAAAAAGGAAGAAUGGACGCGUAUGCAUGAUAGAUUGAAAGAAAUUGAACAUCUAUUCAAGUUUCAUUACCCAUCCAGGGAGGGUGAUGCUGUCCAAAUGAUAUGGCAGGCAAUCACCCGUAAGAUCCCCUCUAUUCGAAGGAAAAUACACAAAUCUAGGCGGUUUUCACGAACUGUAACUCAUGAAGAGAAAGAAUUAAGAUCAUUAUCAUUGCCGCGCAAUUUAUGGUGAAAGAGGAAGUUUGAUUCAUUCAGGCAUGGCAGUUUUUUAUACCUUUUGAUUGGAAGGACAGCAAUUAGUUUUUGCUGCUGCAUGAAGGUGAGAACUACUAAGAAAUUCUUUUAGAUUAGAACUGUAACGCUCUGUACAAAAGGUUUUUUCAUUUGUUUAGUUUCCAAGUAUGGCUAGAAAUACUUUCAUUUGUUUCACAUGAAUCUAAAACACUGAUACACGCAAAUUUUUAUUUAUUAUAUUUCCUUUUUUUUUCA